AUGCUCCCCGACGCUGCAUCGUCGCUGCCCAGAAACAGUGGUUUCUAUGCUCAAGUCGAGAUGGAUCACGUGGAACAGACCUUGUCGAAGAGGCGUGAAAGCCGUACACGGGCCCCUACAGCCUGCCAGACUUGUCGGAAUCGCAAGACGCGCUGCGACAAUGUCCGCCCGGUCUGUAGCUACUGUGCCAUGCAGGGAACACAGUGCCUCUACCCCGAGACCUCGCCGCGACCGCCCCAGACCGGCUUCGACUCGUCCAACCAUGAGAUUCUUCAGCGCCUUGGCCACAUCACCGCCCUGCUGGAGGAUAUCAAGCAGGAGGGGAGCAACGGGUCAACCAUUUUGUCGAACCGCUCUCUCAAAGACUCCCUACUUGAUAUGUCUCUGCAGAAUGCCAGCCCCCUGACCGAUCCACUCUCGGGGAGCAAUAUCCAAGGUGGUAGUAGUACCGGGAUCGAGGAGGAGAGGGGAUUGGAUCAUGAUCCCCUGCUCCAUUAUACGGCUAAUGCGCCGGAGUACAUGUUGCGCUGGCCCAUCUUCAAUAAGGUUACCACCGAGUCAGAGAGACAUGUCCGAUCUUUCUUACUUGAUUCUCUGGAUAACCAGCCGCCGCUGGAUAAUCAUUCGUCCAGAGUAGGCGUUAUCCAAGAUGAUAUCAUCCCUCUAUGCCAACAAUACCUAAUGUUAAACCACCGACGCAACCCAAUCCUCGACGCUGAAAAGCUCAUGCACUAUGCUGGCGAAGUGGCCGAACAGGGCAUUGGGUGGGAUGGACCCUCGUGUCAAGUGCUGCUAGCGUGCGCCUUGGCUUAUUGCACUUGCCAAUUUAAGCCAUUGACAGGUAUUCCCGACGAUCUGGACGGAAUCCCGCCGCCACCCUCGACGGUGAGGCUUGAGCUUGCAGAAAAGUGGUUCAAUGCUGCCAAGAGGCGUUUGGGCUCCUUGCAGACGUCCCCGACGGACAUCCAAUGCUUUCUUCUCGCUGGAUCAUACGAGAGACAUGUCAUGCGCCCUCUGCAGGCGUGGUUUUGUUUCCAGCAAGCUUCCUGCAGAUUGGAAGUACGGUUACGGUCUUUCAACAGAGAACAAUGGAUGGCAAAUACGGACUAUCACAAUCUUGAAUCGCGUUUAUACUGGGCAUGUAUUCAGGCUGAACAUGAGACGCAGUGUGAACUGCCUCUAUGGAGCACUGGGCUGUAUAGCAUUCGGUACUUGAAUCCGUUUCCAAGAUACCCGAAAACACCAUCAGCAACCGGAUCGCCAGACAAUAUGGAUGAUGAUCACUCCUCAUUUUCAACACCCGAGACCCAACUCAAUGGAACCGAGGAGGAAAAAGGCUGGAUGUUUUACAUCGCGUCGAUCUGCAACCGUCGGACCGUGAACGCUAUCAUCUGUGACUUGUGGCGGCAUGGUGAACACAGCUGGACUAAAGAUAUCCAACAUGUUUUAGGGCAAUGUGCCGAGGCUCAAACCGUAGUCGACUCAUGGUUCAAAAUGGUUCCAAUCGGACAGCCAUCUCCAAAUUCCGCGAAUGAGGACUUGGAGUUCCUCCUGCGUGGCCGCUAUAGCAUGGGCUUGGAGCGGAUCUAUCGACCUGUAAUCUAUCUGGCCGUGCACUACCAGUCGAUGCCAGGGUUUACACCAGGCAAUAACCCAGUAUUGCUGCAACUGUUUCAAGUAGCCCAGCGCGCCAUCGAUAACUGCGCCGAGCUGAUCCCCAACUACUGGUAUAACUUCCGACACGAAUGGGUAUGGAACGUCAUGCGAGGCACUUUCGGGUGCGCGCUUCAGAUCCUUGCAGCCGUGCUCUGCCAUCUUACGAGUGCUCGUUAUGCGCGUGACUGGGGCCUCCGUGUUCCGACGAACUGGCCGGCGUUGAUCCGGUUGUCGAUCCGUACGCUCAAGUACUGGUCCAGGGACUCGAUUGACUUGGAGAAGAUGCGGUCGGUACUGCAGAGGAUGUAUGAAGGUGCUUGCCAUUUGGCUGGGAUUAGUCCCGAUCUUUUCCGGCUGUGA